UCUGCUCGGCCAAAAUGACCACAAAUCUUCAACAGCACCCUCGAGGAGCGACCUAGAUCGGCUAUUCAGCUCGUCUCUCCAGGAAACCAGUCGGUGCGUCGUCGUAGGCCGACCAACGCCACCGUCAGGGGCACCGUCCAGCGAUGGGUAUAAAGAAAGCGCGUCUGCGCCACGAUGACCGACCGACCAGACUGUCUCCCAAUUCACCAUAUCGUGCUUCAUCUCAUCGCCCUUCUGAGUCAUGACUGUCGACCCGAAGAAUUUCAACGCAUCCAGGGCCGAUGCGGGUGCUAAAUUGGACGAGCGCCCUCCCAGACGCUUGAUCGUCUGCUGCGAUGGCUCCUGGCAGUCUUCCAACCACGGCACCAAGAACAUUGCCUCCAACGUCGCCAAGCUGAGUCGCUCCAUCGCAAACUACGGUAAAAAUAAGGAGGGCGAUCUGAUCCAGCAGAUUGUCUUCUACGAUGCCGGCGUGGGGACUAGCAACAGUUCCGAAGGGGGCUUUGUCGAUAGCAUUCAUAAGCGUUGGGAGGGAGGGACGGGUCAAGGAUUAGAGGAGAACGUGUGCGAGGGAUACAACUUCAUCGUAAACAACUGGCUUCCCGGGGACGAGAUCUACAUUUUUGGCUUCUCGCGUGGCGCUUACACCGCCCGCGCGUUGGCUGGAAUGAUCUGCAACAUGGGCAUCUGCUUCCCCGAUAUGAUGGAUGACUGGUGGGCAGUGUAUGAGCUGUACAAGAACCGGAAGAAGAAGGAGGCCGAGGAAAAAGCGAAGGAAGCCGAGAGAAAAAAGAAAAAGCCCACGAACGAGUUGAAGGCUCAGGUCCACUCAAUGGUAACGUCCGGCGGGUUUGCCCUACCCGGUAUGGAGUUCAUGGACCGUUUCCAAAAGAAUGUUCACAUCGAAGUCGUCGGGGUGUUUGACACUGUGGCUGCUCUGGGCCUGCCGAACAACACCACGAUCGACGUCAAGAAAAGGAACGAGGCUUAUUACGGCUUUCAUGACGCCGACGUCCACCCACAGAUCAAGUACGCCUUCCAUGCCCUCGCUCUCGACGAGUACCGCAAGGCCUUCGAGCCCACCAUGUGGCAUCUCCCGGACGACAACAAAAACACCGAACUGUAUCAGUGCUGGUUCCCGGGUUACCACAUCAACGUUGGCGGCGGCAGCGAAAACACCCAAAACCACUACGGAGACCUUGAGGCCAUGGCUAACCUGUCCCUCGCGUGGAUGAUCGACCAGGUGCGCCAUAACACGCCCCUAGCGUUUGAGGAUUACGCCCUGGUGAGGCUGUACCAAAACUACAUGUGCACGAUCCUGGAUCUCUCGCGGCGCUCCUUCAGCAAGGGCGAUUCCUGGUGCCGAUACAGCUACGGCGAGAGUGCAACUCAGGCUGCCAGUGGCGUGGCGGACCCCGAUAAUCUCACUGCCUACGGCGGCUGCGGUCUGGGAUACCGCCCGGAUAGUAUGACCUGGAAGAUGAGGGCGUCUGGCUGCCAUGUUCGGACUCCGGGGCAGUAUGAGCCGGAUAAUCUGGACGAGCGGGGCUCCAAGAAACCGAGGUCCAGAACGCAUGAGUACAUUCAUCCGGUCGUGGCGUAUGCAAUGAGCAAAGCCUAUGUCGAUGCGCACGGCGAGACGGUGCUGAAGUACGAACCGAGCGCGUUGGCCGGAUUCAAACGUGUGAAGAACCCGAUAGACCCCUACGACUCGAGGCCCAUCCCGGAAGGUAUCUACUGGGCCAAGGAGGUCGAUGCAGGCCACACGGAGCAGACCUAUGUGAAGCAGGGACUGGAAUACGCCAAGUCGUUCAUCUGGACGCCUCCUAAACCGGUCAAGAAGAUGAUCUACAUCGAGGAAAUGCCGCUGUUCCCUGAUGCCAUAGACAAUCCCACGAAUGAGAGGGAUUACAUGCGUGCCGACUGGUUGGCAAUGUGGGCGCCGAGACACGGAUUCGCCGCCGAUGUCAAUAAGGAUAUAGCCAAUUAUUUGGACAAGACCCCAAAGACUUAUGUCUUCACGGACCGCGAGUUAUAUCUGCUGGAACUUCUUCUGCACGCUAGCAAGAGAGUAAAUGGCAGUAUCUGGAAGGAGAAGUCGCUGGUUUACGCCCUGCGUGCGAGACCCUCCCCGGGGUAUGAGACGGAGAAAUCCGAACGGAUGCAGGCGACGGGUGAGCGCACGAGGCAGUUUUUGCAGGAUCUGGAUGAGAAGAAGAUCUGAGGAAUGGCAGAAUGGGAAAUGGAUUUAGCGUUUUAGCAUCUUGUGAUAUAGUUUGUCAAUUUAGG